CAUCAACAACAUCACCGGAUCAUUACCUCUUCGCUCCGAUGUACAGUAAAAGUGUCGAUCAAAUGACUAUCCUGUGCGGUGACCGGACAAAGCUAAAGGAUUUGCUUCGGAAGCGGCUCAUCGAGAGCGGAUGGUUCGACCAGGUGCAGCUCCUCUGCCGGAAGGCCAUCACCGAGAGCGAACUGAGCAGUGUCGAUGCCGUGGUGCAGCACGUUACGCCUCAAGCGCGGGCAAUGGUCCCUGACAUCGUGAAAAAGGAGCUGCUGUUUAAGAUCCGUUCGAUACUCAGUGAACAAGAGAAGCACCAGAUAGACGUAUAGAAAGGCGACCGAAAACACUCAACAUUGAUUGUGAAAAAUAAAGUAUUGUCCAUAGUU